AUGAGGCAACAGCAGGAGACCAUGAGGCAGCAACUCCUUAUUCAGUCCCAGCAGCAUCAGCAGAUGUUCACGUUCUUUUCAGGCUGUUUUGGGACCCUCUACCGCCACCAGGGUCUGUCGGAGCCCCAGUUUCCCACUUCUCAGCAGCUCCAGUAUGACCCUUCUGGUCCUUCUCCUCCGAUCGGCGGGUUUGUGCAGACACCCCUAGCCUCGUACCCGAUGUCUCCACUACUUCAGACCGGGGUGUUUGCGAUGCCUUCUCCAGCUCCAGCUCCAGCACAGCAGUUUGGGAUGACCGAGGAGCAGCGGGCUCUCUUUCAGUCACAGCAGCAGUUCCUUCACGACCUACAACACCCGUCUGCUCAGUCUCUGCUAGUCACUAUACUCACGUUCGAGCCGAUCAGUCCGACAGCUGUUCGUCCUUCCUCGGUGGACUCUGUUCCCGUCUCGUCAGCACCUUUGAUGGAGGCCACGAGUGUCGUCACGGAGGAAGUCACGUCUUCAGCUCAGCCAACUUCUACUGCUCCGACGACUUCUCCCGUCACGCCUACCGCCUCCACCGACGACUCUGACGACGACCCCGACCGCUUCAUCGCCGCACCCAACCAGACGACUCCGACUUCCCCACCCUAG